AUGUACAACCCCUACAACAAUGGAGCCCCGCAGAUUGGUGCCGGAGCUGGGCCAAUGUAUCCGCCACCUCCUGGUGCGGCAGUGAUUGGCAGCGGAGCGACGCCAUUUCCGCUUCAACCGGGCCAGGUGAUCGGCACCGGCGCGUAUCCCGGAUUUCAGCCGGGUAUUGGCGGUGGCGCAUAUCCAGGAAUGCAGCCCGGGAUCGGUGGUGGAGCCUACCCAGCAGUACAGCCCGGCAUUGGCGGUGGAGCAUUUCCGGUAGCGCCUCCUGUGGUCCCUGGAAUCGGAGGUGGUGCUUACCCGGGAGCCGUAAUGCCUCCAGCAUAUGUCGCCGGCGGAAAUGUUUACCAGCAGCCAGCCGUCAUCCCGGCCUAUUCCGGCGGCCAAUUCGACCAGCCCUAUUACGGUGGAGCAGCCGGAGGAUUUGUGCAACCGGUCUGCGUAGACCGCCGUGGCUCGUGCUCAUCCAGCUCAUCGGACUCUUGCCAU